GUUUAAGCGUCGGGCGAUACGCAGCACGCACCGUGCCUCCGUCCGCACGAAGAGACCAUUCCUUGGCAGAGUUCUUCUUGUGCCUCUGUUCAUAAAACAUAGUUGAAGGGAGGCGGUCUCGAUAGCGCGACGCCAAAGAGGAGAGAGUGCGCCUCAUUGCCUCGGCUCAAAGAUCUGAGAGAGCCUCGCGCCUGGGUAACACCCCCCUCCCCCUCCCCCAACACAUAUAGACGUGGCUCAGCACUACACUUUCUAGUUUUCUUCAUCUUUUUGUUGUUUUCGUACGUUUCUUAUACCCGUUAGACGCCAUGCAACGUCGCGCCUCUGGUCGGUCCCCGCACGGCGGCACGGAGGAGCAGUUGCAGCGUGCUCUCCAGGAAAACGCGCAGCUCAAGUCGCAGAGGAGUGAGAUGGAGGCGAAACUAACUAAAGUGCAGACGCAGUUUCGUCGGCUCACAGCGGAUUGGCCGCGGGUGCGGGAGGGACCGAAUGCGAGCGAAGCCCCCUCCUCGAUGCACGGCGGCACAACCCUACCGCGGCAGGCAUCACCAUCUUCAUCAUCGGUUGCGCGUCCGCACUCCGCCGGCGCAGGUGCGACGAUGGCUUCUGCUGCUGCCGCGGCGGCGGCCGGCCCACCUUCGUCCACCGCUCGUAAUGUGCUGCCGUCUCUGCACCCGAAUCAGCGCGGCAUCACCUCCCGCGCUCCCUCGACCGCCGCGACGCCGUUGAAGAGGCCGUCGGUGACGGGCAGUCACGCUGGCGGCCCCAGCUCCGUCGGUGGGUCGGCGCUUGCUGCAGCCGGUGCGCCGCGCGGUGUGAACGAGGCGGAGUUCGCCGCGUGCAAGGCUGCCUUAGCCCACGCACAGCUCGAGGUCCAGCAACUUCGCUCCGCAGCGGCGCAGGCACAGGGGACGAGCCCGCUUGGCGGUGCAGCCGUCCCCGACGCCGCCACCACAGCGGCACUUGCGGCCGCGCAGCAGGAGGCGAACACCCUGCGGGCACAGUUGCAGCAGGUGCGCGAGGAGCUGAAUAAGUCUCUCUUCGUCCAGCAGCAACUCCAGGCGCAGACAGGCAAAUCUAUGGAAGGCUUACAGCAGCAGAUGCAGGACAGCAACAUGGCCCAGCAGCAACUCGAGGCGCAGUACCGCUCUUCCGUGGACGCCCUCACGCGCGAGAAACAAGAGCUGGCGCUGAAGCUGCGUCUGAUGGAGGUGGACAAGCAGGCAUUUGAAUCUGCCGCCGCGGCAGCCACUCGCAGCGGCAAUCCAGACCCGGCCGACGUGAGCGCCGUGCAGGGCGAGCUGCACCGCAGAGCAAGUGAGGUGACGCUCUUGAACAGUCGUUUGCAGUACGCGCAGGGGCAAGUGGAAACGCUGAAGGGGGAGUGCGGGCGCCUGGUCGAGGAGCUAAAGCAGGCCUCCACCGCACACGGCGACACGAAGAAGGCGCUCUUCGCCUUGGAGCACGAGGCGGCGGCGCUGCGGGCGAAGUCCUCCACGUUGAGCGACGUAGAGACCGCCCUGCAGAAGAAGAACGAAGAAAACAUCCACCUCGAAGCGGAGCUGAUGAAGCUCGUCGGGUCACUGCAGUCGUGCAACCGCGAAACAGAAGCGGCGGUGCGACUCGAGUUUCAGUCACGCCUGGCAGAGGUCCAAGAGAUGCGGGACACGGCGGAGCGAGAGCGGCGAGAGACGGAGCGCAAGCUGCUGAACAGCCAACACGACCUCGCCGAGCUGCGCCGCACCCUGGAGAGCGUGCAGGAGGAUUUGCAGCUCUACAGAGGCCAGGUUGCAAAGGUGGAGAAGGAGAAGAGCGUUCUGUCGGCGCAGAUCGCAUUUGCGGGCCACAGCGCUGCCGCCGCGGCUGCUGCCACGGGUGUCGAUCUAACCGACGAAGACUUCCAUCGGGCUCUGGCGGUGGCAGCCAUGAAGAAGCGCGCAGGAAACUCGCGCUCAAUGCUGGAUGCCGUGCUGCGCUCCUCACACGCUGAGAACAAAGACAAAAGCCGCGCAGCUGGAGCAGACGAUACUGCCACCAACGGCGCGAGUACGGCCGAAGGGGCGACGGAGGCAACGAACGCGCUGGACCUCUACGAGGCCCUGAACUGGGACGAUGACUGGGAGUUGGGGCAACUGCGGGAGGCUCUCGCCACGGCCGCGCUGGAUCUCGAAUUGGCGGAGACACGGUGCCAGCAAAUGAAGGAGCAGGUGAAUCAGUAUCGCAGCUCCUUGCAUGAGAUGAGCGAGGAGCGGGACACGCUGCUCGAGGAAGGCAUUGCGCUGCGUGGACGUGUCACACACGUGCAGACCAUUUUUGCGAAGCAGCAGUUGCAGGCCUACCGCACCGCGGCGGCGACCGGUCGUGAUCACGACGGCCUUAUCGCCUUCUCUAUUCGAGGUCUGCAGAGUCAGGAAGAGGCGAUGUGUCGCGCGUUGGGCAUCGGCGAUCUGCAUUCCCCCGUGCCCUUCUUCUUCACGUUGGAUGGCUUAUCAGACUACGAGACGAUGGUGGGUCCCACCCUUUAUGCGUUAGAUGAUGUGGUGGACGUGCGCUUUCAAUACGAUGACCUUGCGAAGGAUGCCGUCACGCUGGCCGCGCUUGAGCACACCACCUUUGUCUUCCAGUUACACUCCACCAACGGGGCGGGCUCACGGCUGGUGGCGAUGGCGGAGCUGCCCGGCAUGGCCUUGCUGGCUGCCCGGGAGCUGUCGAUGGAGGAGUCGCUGACGCUGCUAGACGGCAACGGCGAGAGCGUCGGCUCCAUACUUGUAGAGUUCUGCUGCUCUCACCUGGUGCUGCCGGUGCUGCUGGGGGCACCGCUGUCGGACCCCGCGGCGACUUCCGCCACGCUGUCGACGGCAGCGAUCAAAUCCGCCAUGGUCGCCCUGCGCACCGUGCGCUUUCUGCGUGUGCAGGUCUUCUACGCAGAGGGCCUGGCUGGCUCCGCCGCGGACAACACCCUGCCGCAACCCUACGUUUUUUACACCGCCGCGUCCCCCUUGGGUGGUUUGAGCUGCGUGCGCGACACCGUUGUGCGGCCCGGCAACAAAGCCUUCACAACCAACCCGAAGUUUGACGUCGCGCCGGUGGACCACCGCGUCCUCGUCGAUCCCGCGCUGAUUCGCUUUAUCGCCUUUGGCGCCGUCAGCUUUGUCGUUUUUGAUGAACGGGCGAGGGAGGUGCAGGCGAAUUUGGGCAUCGUCGAGGUGGCCCUGCGUCCUCUGCUCGAGUCUCCUUUUGCCACCAUCACGACUACCCAGUCGUUGCACCCGCAAGGCACGCUGAGUCUCGGCAUUUCGUGGGUGUCGGGGCCCUGA